AUGACAACCUUCUGGUUCAAAGCGCUGCAAGCAAUAAACUAUGUCAGCGUGUCAUUUCAAUCAGAAAACAUUACUUUAGAUGAUGAGAUGAAACUUAUGAAGAUUCUUAUUGAGGAUAGACUUAGAUCUUCUUGGCCCGAAUUAAUUAAUGAAGCACAUUUAGUUACCUCCGGUCUAGCUAGUUAUGGGUUUCAGUCAAAACUAGUUCAAAAAAGGACAAGAAAGAGGAAAACUUUUUACAAAGAAACAAGGAACGAAGUUCAUUUCUUAGAAAACGAUGAAAAACAGUUUGAGGUGAAUGUAUUCAACACCGCUCUCGAUACAUUAAUUCAACAAAUAAAAGACAGAUUUCAAGCUGCAGAAAAGACAACUAACAGUUUUUCUUUUCUAUGGCUCUCAGAAUCUAAUAGUAGGUCGAGUGAGGAAAAAGAAAUUGAACAACCUAGCCUGGAGGAAAAAUGUAAAACUUUGGCGCAAAUGUAUGUGAACGAUGUAGAUGAAGACAAACUUAUUUUAGAGGUCCGUCAUCUGGAUACUCUAAAGCGUGCCAAUCUUUUCGGUCCAAAAGAAUAUCUCACUUCAAUGAAACUAUUAAAUGGAAUUUAUCAAAAAGGUCUAGAGUCUAUCUUCGAAUCAACAUGCAUUUUAUUACGUAUUUUUAACACAAUUCCCGUUUCCAUCGCCGAAGGAGAGCGGUCUUUCAGCAAGCUUGGUCUAGUCAAGACAACACUAAGAUCUACAAUGAGUCAAGACCGGCUUACCGAUCUCUUAGUUAUAUAUAUUGAGCACGAUCUAGCAAAAAGUCUGUGCUACGACGAGGUCAUUGAAAAUUUUGCUUUAAAUAAAGCACGGAGAGUCAAAUUCUUAUAA